AUGAAUCCCGAGAUGCGGCCCGCGGAGGACGAACUCUCCAGAGCAGGCACCCAAGACGUGGACCUCGCCAAAACACACACCCUCACAGAUGAACAACGCUUAGCCCAGCUUGGUCAUCAGCAGGAGCUUCGCCGCACCUUCUCCCUCCCGGCUUUGCUCUCCUUCAUUCUCUCACUGAUCUGCUCGCUGUGCAUUGCUGCAUCCCUCGCCGAGAUUGCAUCCAUCUAUCCAACAGCCGGAGGGCAGUACCACUGGGUGGCCGCGCUAUGCCCUGCUCCGAGCAACAUCGCAGCUUCAUUCGCCACCGGGUGGAUAUCAGUCGGUGGGCAAAUCGUCUUCACCGCAUCUGCUGCCUUCGCCGCAGGCCUACAGAUUCAGGCUUUGAUCGUCCUCAACAACGAGACAUAUAGUCCAGAGAGAUGGCACGGCAUGCUUCUGUACUUUGCCGUCUUGACAUACGCCGGCGUUCUUAAUAUCUUUGGGAUGAAGGCGAUGCCCCAUGUGAACUUGAUCUCAGGAUUUAUUCACGUCGCUGGCCUCGUGGCUAUUACAGUUGCACUUGGCGUUCUCGCGCCGAAAAGCAGCUCUGCUUUUGUGUGGACAGAAUUCGUCAAUAGCAGCGGCUGGGGCAACGACGGAGUGUCAUGGCUCGUCGGUCUCAUCAGUGCAGUGUAUCCGUUCCUUGGGUACGAUGCUGCCUGCCAUCUCGCUGAAGAGCUCCCACGCGCUAGUCGCAACGUACCCUUGGCCAUGGUCGGCAGCGUGGCUGUCAAUGGCAUCAUGGGGCUUGCCUACUGCAUCGUUUUGCUGUAUUGUGCGGGCCAGUCCGACUUUGCGACUGCCCCCCUUGGGUUCCCGUAUAUGCAGAUCUAUCUCGAUGUGACGAAGUCCCGCGCUGGCACGAGCGUCAUGUCGGUCUUGAUCAUUCUCAUCGCCAUCGCGGCCACUAUUGCUGGCAUCAUGUCGACAUCCCGGACCCUCUGGGCAUUUGCCCGAGACAAGGCUACUCCAUUCGACAAGUAUCUGUCGCAUGUUCAUCCCAAGCUCCAGAUACCUGUUCGUUCGGUCGUCGUCGUUACUGUCCUGCAGGGGAUCCUCGGGUUUAUUUACCUUGGAAACUCGACAGCAUUCAAUGCAAUCCUGUCCAUGGCCAUCAUCAGCAUGUACCUGUCUUACAUUCUUCCCAUUAUUUACAUGCUGCUCUACGGGCGUGGAAAGCUUCGGAAACGCGACUUCGGGCCUUUCCGGCUUGGCCGCGUUCUUGGCAUCAUCAUGAACGUUGUUGGCAUCGCUUGGAUGCUCGUCGUCAUGGUGUUCAGCACGUUUCCGACCAUCAUGCCGGUCACCGCGGAGAACAUGAACUACUCUAUUGUAGUGUUGGUCGGAUGGACCGCUUUCGGGGUUGCAUACUACGUUCUGUGGGGGAAGCACAAGUUCGAGAUGCCAAUGGUGGAUGUGGAAGUAAUUCAGGUAUCUAAUGUGACUCUAGGCACAGCGGAAGACAAGAAAUAG